AUGGAUGAUGGCAAAAUAAGUGAACCGUUGAUUCAAUCAGAUCUCUCCAUUGAAUCUCAACCAGUAGUAUCACAACCAGAUCAAGAUCCACCACCAGCAGCAUUACUUCCUACCAAACAUCAUCAUCAUAAACAUCGUCAUAAUCAUGAUCGGAAACGGAAAAGACGACAUAAGAAGAUUUACUAUACUGAUGAUUCUGAUGAAGUUGAUUCAUUAACUGAAGAAUUAGAUCAAAUUGGAAGAUUGAAUAUAAAUUUAAAUUUAAAUCUUUCAUCAUUCAUAAAUAAAGAUUCAUUUACAUUAUCAAAUAUACCGAAUUUACCUAAUUUACCUAAUUUACCAAACUUACCUAAUCUACCAUCACUUGAAUUAUCAAGAUUACAAGAAUUCUCUACUGAAUUUUCUCAAUAUGUUGCAAAUUAUAUCAAUCUUACCAAGAAUUAUUAUACUAAUGUGGUUCAACAACAAAGAUUAGUCAAUUCAAUCAAGACAAUUUUAAGUACCAGAAUUCAAAUGAAUAAAUUCUUAACUGAUUUAAGAUCGGGGUUGAAUAUCAGUACUGCUAUAGAUCGAUUACAACCUUUGACUGAUAUAAUCCAUCAAACUAUAUUCUUACCGGCUGAAGAUAUAAGUGAUUAUGAAGAAGAUUAUUACGAUAGUAAGAAUAAAUAUGAUGAUGAUAUUACCAUGUCUACUCCAACCAUUAUGGUUGAUGAAGAUGAAAUCACUGAACCUGUCGGUGUCGGAUCGAUCGUUAAUAAGGAUCAACCUCUUUUGAAUGAGAUUGUUAAGCCGGAAGUAAGUAAUCUGACAAGGUAUAGACGAAAGAAAUCGAGAUCUAAAUCGAGGAAGAGAUUAGAUUCAAUAUAUUUAUCAACGGGGGAUGAAGAAAGUAGUACCACCCAAGUCAGUGAUUUAGAUAAUAUUGAAGGAUUAACUCUUGAUGAUAUUCGAGAAUUAACUGAUUUAGAAUCGGUUGAUGAUUUCUUAAAACAAGAUACUUUAAGAAUUCGAAUUCAAACUAUUCAGAAAUUAGAUAAUAUAAAUCAAAAGGCCAAGAAUAAAUUAGUUACGAGAUUAAUGAUGGGGAAUUAUUAUAAGUAUGUUAAUGAUAAAUUAUCACCUGAGAAUCAGAUUAAAUUCCCCUCCAAAUUACGGAAACAGAGAUUAACCUUAGAUGUGGGUGAAGUGAAUCCUCCAUUGAAAGAAGAAGAAGAAGACGAAGUGGUAGAAGGAGAGGGCAUGAUAGGUCCCGAAGAUGAAGACGAUUCAAUGACAGAAGAUGAAGAAGUUAUCCUUACAGAAGCUGAUCAAAAUCCAUCAUAUCAUGAUGCACCAUUCAAUACUAUUCUCGGAUGUCAACAUUAUCAAAGAAAUUGUAAAUUAGAAUGUCCAACUUGUUUGAAAUGGUAUGUUUGUCGAUUCUGUCAUGAUAAUGAAGUUCACAACCAUGAUGGUGAGAAUAGUACUGAUCAUAAAUUAAUUCGAGCAGAAGUUAAACAUAUUCUUUGUAUGAAAUGUAAUACACCACAAAUUCCUGAUUCUAAUUAUUGUAUUAAUUGUGAACAAGAAUUAGCCAAUUAUUUUUGUUCAAAAUGUGUCUUAUAUGAUAAUGAUCCUACCAAGGAUAUUUAUCAUUGUGAUAAAUGUGGGAUUUGUCGAUUAGGAUUAGGUAUUGAUAAAGAUUAUUUCCAUUGUGAUACUUGUAAUAUUUGUUUAUCGAUUGAUUUACGAGAAAAACAUAAAUGUCUUGUGAAUACUACUCAUUGUGAUUGUCCAAUUUGUAAUGAAUAUUUAUUCACCAGUGUUUCCAAAGUGGUAUUUAUGAAAUGUGGUCAUUCAAUUCAUCAAAUAUGUUAUGAUGAAUUAAUUAAACAUAGUUAUAAAUGUCCAAUUUGUAAAAAGACUAUUGUGAAUGUUGAGACUCAAUUUCGAUUAUUAGAUCAAGAAAUCAAACAAUCACCAUUACCUUCUCCAUAUAAUAAUUGGAGAUGUAUUAUAAGUUGUAAUGAUUGUAAGGGGAAAUCGAAUUGUUCAUAUCAUGUGUUGGGAUUGAAAUGUAAGUAUUGUAAGAGUUUUAAUACGAAUCAAUUGAAAUUGAUUAAGCCAGAAGAGGAACAAGAAGAUGUAAUGAGUGGAGAAGAUGAUACUGAAGAUGGUAUAACUGUUAAUGGAAAUGAAUUUAAUGAUGUUAAUUUAAUGAGAUUGGUUCAUACUAAUUUACUGAGUAAUUUUCGAAUUGAUGAUCAAGAUUAUACAGAAGAACAAAGUGGAUAUGAAGAUGAUGAAGAAGAUGAUCGAGAGGAACGAUUGAAACAGAAUACAAUUGAAGAAGAUGAUGAAGAUGUUCAUCAUAUGUUUAAUUUUAGAAAGUUGACUACUACUAAUACGAAAAAGAAUUCAAAUGUAUCAUAUAUCACAUCGAUGUUUCAAACUUUUAUAAAUAAUGCCAUUACACCAAAUGAAGAGAAUAUAAUUAAUAAUAAUAAUAAUAAUAAUAAUAAUACUAAUAUGACAUCUACUAAGAAAGUAGAUACAACUAUAGUUUAA